AUGUCUCUCGGGUCCUGCUGCGUCUCUGGCUUCAAGCACGAGGGAACUCCCUCUGGCAAGACCCAGGACAUCAACGGUGUCUCCACUUACAUCAGCCUCCCCAAGGGCGACUACGAUAAGACCAAGGCAUUGCUCUUCCUCACCGACAUCUUCGGCACCAACCUGCCCAAUGGCCAGCUCCUCGCCGACUCGUUCGCCGACAACGGCAUCGCAGUUUACAUGCCCGACUACCUCAACGGCGACGCCAUCUCCGCUGCGGACCUCGGCUCGGGCAAGGUCCAGUUGAUGGAGUGGCUCGGAAAGCACGGCCAGGACGUGACCCGUCCUCCUCUCGACAAGGUCAUCAACCACCUCAAGGAGCAGGGUGUUCAGAAGUUUGCUGCGAUCGGCUACUGCUUCGGCGCCCGGUACGUCACCGACCUCGUCAAGGACUCGAUCAUCAAGGUCGGCGUCGUCGCGCAUCCCUCGCUCCUGCAGUACCCUGCCGACAUCGAGAUGCUCAACAAGUCGAACGUCCACUUCCUCUGGCUCAAUGCGGGCGAGGACUCGAUGAUGCACAACCAGGAGAGGCAGAAGGAGACUAAGCAGAUCACCUCGGGCAAUGACAAGCACAAGCAUGUCGACUUCCCCGGUGCCGGACACGGCUUCGCCAUCCGCGGCUCGCCCGACGACCCCAAGCAGCGCGCCGACGCCGACAAGGCGUUCGAGGAGUCGGUCAACUUCAUCAAGGCUCACCUCUAG